CCUGGCCCCGGCCCGGUCUGGCCCCGUGCGGAUGGAGGCAGCGGCGGGACGCCUGCGCGCUCGGACGUCGCCUGCUGCUGAGCGGCCUGGGAUUCAUGGAGAGGUCCUCGCGGGGGCGCUCUGAGUACUGCCGUGCCCAGCAUCGCCGCACCUGCUGCUGAGGGCCCCUGUGCCUCUGGCCCUCACCAUUGCCCUCGCCCGCCGAUGGCCUCCGCCCGGCCCAGGGCCACCUGAGCCCCCUGCUCCCUGCCAGGACUCGCCGUGCCCUGAUGGGGUAACGUGACAGGCCCGUGCCUCAGAGCCGCUGCCUGCCCACCGCCGCUGCCUGGGACCCCACCCCAAGGAGGCCCUGUUGGUUCCGUUCAAGUUUGUUUUUCCUUUGGUCCUUGGGCUUGGGGCCCGCCUUUGAGUGGAGGGGAUCAUCACCUGUCCACCGAUGCAGAGAGGAAUUCCCAGCAGCAGGCACAGCGCUGGACAUGGAUUAACUUUGGGCUUUUUAAAGUUUUCUUUGCUGAGUUUUUUGGUUGUUAUUUUUUUUUUUUGUCAUUUUAUAAUUAUUUGUCUCUAAGAGGCAGGAGCUCGGCCGGGCCCAUUCUACUUCCGCGGAGUGCCGUUUCUUCUUUUUCUUUAUUAAAGAGUUGAAUUUCCUUUGAACUAUCCACACACCGGGCAGCGUCCUCCCCCUCCCAAGUAUUUGCACAAUAUUUGUGCGGGGUGUGGGGGCAGGUUUUUUAAACAGCAUUUCCUCUCUCUGGGACAAGCACAGGGAUCCUGUUCUCCGGGUUGGGGGGCUGUGUCCCCAGCCCGUCUCGGGGAGGAGCCAUGGCCCGCAUGAACCGGCCGGCCCCCGUGGAGGUGAGCUACAAGAACAUGCGCUUCCUCAUCACGCACAACCCCACCAACGCCACCCUCAGCACCUUCAUCGAGGACCUGAAGAAGUACGGGGCCACCACCGUGGUGCGCGUGUGCGAGGUGACCUACGACAAGGCCCUGCUGGAGAAGGACGGCAUCACUGUCGUGGACUGGCCGUUUGACGACGGGGCACCCCCGCCUGGCAAGGUGGUGGAGGACUGGCUGAGCCUGCUGAAGGCCAAGUUCUGCGAUGACCCUGGCAGCUGCGUGGCCGUGCACUGCGUGGCCGGCCUGGGACGGGCCCCGGUCCUCGUAGCACUGGCCCUCCUCGAGAGCGGGAUGAAGUACGAAGACGCCAUCCAGUUCAUCCGACAGAAGCGGCGUGGAGCCAUCAACAGCAAACAGCUCACCUACCUGGAAAAAUACCGGCCCAAACAGAGACUGCGGUUCAAAGACCCUCACACAAAGACCAAAUGCUGCGUCAUGUAGCUCAGGACCUGAGCCGCGGGCCGGGGGUGGCCGCCCGCCCAGCCCCACCCAGGGCCUUGGCACUGCCAUCUCGACAACACCUCAGCACACCUGCCUCCCCGCCCAGCUCCACUGAGCGCCCUCGGCUGUCUCUCCAUCCAUCUGUCCGUCUGUCCCUGUGUCUGUCGCCUGUCUGCCACCUUUUCGGUCCCUCCUUCCCGUUGUCUUCUGCCGCAUGCCCUGCGUCUGUCUCUCUGUCUGUGUGUCUGUUUCUGAGGCUUAGUCCAGGACCCUGUCGCUGGCCUUCCUGCCGUCACCCUCCCUGCUCCCCCUCCUGUGGCCUUUGCUGGGGGCAGGUGGACUUGUUAACCACUGGGCCGCCCCGUCCUCUGCCGCCCCUCCCCCCAGCCUGCUCUCAGCCCCUUAAACCCCUGGGUCUGCGGGCGGUCGGCUGCUCUGGACACUCGAAGGCAAUAAAACAGGACCCUGA